CAUGCGAACGUGUGUGUGCAUGUACAAAAACAGAGGUGCUUCCUGGAUGUAUACACGUGAGCUUCCAUACAUCUGAGAUUCCCGUUUGCACACCUCUGGAUGCGCGUGUGCCGUGCCCUGCUGGGGCGCGGGCAGCUGAAGAGAAGACCUGGAGAAGAAAGUGCUGCAAGGACAUGUGACAUGCCAAGAAAUAUGGGAUAUCCUAUCACUCAUCUUAUGCCUGGUGUGGACUUGGGCAGGACCACUAAGGAUUCAGCUGCAUAGCUCUGUCAUGGCUGCACAGCUCCCUUGAGACCAGGCUAAUUCUGCUGGAAGGAGUUAAAAUGAAGGUGUGAAGUAAACCACUGUCUGCAAGGCCCCUGGCCUUAUAAGUACUUUCUGUGCCCAUGCUGGUACAGACAGCCAAGGGCUGCUUUUCUGCUCAGAAAGACUGGGAUGUAAAUGAGCUCCAGCUGCUGUUUUGAUGUAGCUUCCAUGUGGAAAUCUCCGCGGACUGCCCUGUGACCCUGAGACCUCAGCUGGAUGCUUCUCUACUCCUUCUUGCCUUACCUCAACACCUUAAGAGAUCUCUUUCGAAAUCAUUUGUCAUUUGAGCUCUGCUGUGUGACAGAUGCAGGGGCUCUAAUCCAGGAUGAAUGAAUGCUACUAUGAUAAGCGCAUGGACUUCUUCUAUAACAAGACAAAGACGGACACAGCAGAUGAGUGGACAGGGCCACAGCUCAUUGUUGUUCUGUGUUUUGGGACGUUUUUCUGCCUCUUCAUUUUUAUUUCAAAUUCAUUGGUCAUAGCAGCUGUGGUCAAGAACAAGAGGUUUCAUUUUCCCUUUUACUAUCUUUUGGCCAACUUAGCUGCUGCAGACUUCUUUGCUGGAAUUGCCUAUGUCUUCUUGAUGUUCAACACUGGCCCAGUGUCCAAGACAUUAACUGUUAACCGCUGGUUUUUGCGUCAGGGUCUCCUGGACACCAGCCUGACGGCUUCCCUGGUGAAUCUCCUCGUCAUAGCUGUUGAGCGGCACAUGUCAAUAAUGCGGAUGAAGAUCCACAGUAACCUCACAAAGAAGAGAGUCACCUUUCUAAUUAUAUCAAUUUGGGCCAUUGCUAUUUUCAUGGGUGCUGUUCCUACCCUGGGUUGGAACUGCCUCUGUGACAUUACUGUCUGCUCAUCCCUGGCACCUAUUUACAGCAGAAGUUACCUGGUAUUCUGGAGUGUCUUAAACCUGGUUGUCUUCUUCAUUAUGGUGGUGGUUUACAUAAGAAUCUACAUGUACGUCCAGAGGAAGACUAACGUCUUGUCAUCGCACACUAGUGGAUCCAUUAGCCGUAGGAGAACCCCUGUGAAGCUCAUGAAGACUGUCAUGACUGUCUUAGGUGCCUUUGUUGUCUGCUGGACGCCUGGCCUGGUCGUCUUACUGCUUGAUGGUCUGAACUGUACCUACUGUGGGAUUCAGAAUGUUAAAAGAUGGUUUCUUCUCCUGGCCCUGUUGAACUCUGUCAUGAAUCCAAUAAUUUAUUCAUACAAAGAUGAUGAGAUGUGGGCUACCAUGAAAAGGAUGAUUUUCUGCUCCUCUGAGGAUAAGAGUCAGGACAGACGCUCAUCUCGGAUCCCCUCAACAGUUCUCUGCAGGAGCACGGAUACCUCAGGUCACUACAUUGAAGAUGGCAUUAUUCAAGGAACAAUCUGUGGAAAAGGAGAUCUUGGUAACAAAGGAAACUCCUGAGCUAUGCAAAGAGCUGACUUGGCUGCAAAAGGAGAGGGGGAAGGGAGAGGCUUUGUUAAGAGAAGAUUGACUGGCAAAGCUAGUAAACAAUAUAUCCACUUUGUUCCAGAGCCUCAACUCCAGUGUUAACAAAAGUUCUUAUAAAUAAUUGCCUGAUGGAAAAACACUUUGUAAUGAAGAAAACUUUCUGUGCUGCCAUCUUUCUCCUUUUUUUCUUUUAAGUACAUGAAAUUGUUUUUUCAUGUGAACGGAAUAAAUACCUCUCUGAGACUUCUUGUGCAUGGAAGCAAAAUGUUGAGCAAUGUACUAAGACCCUCCUUAAGCUCCUACGGAGAAAAUAAACCUGCCUGACUGUGCAGGUUUGGCAUUCAUUGAG